UUAGAGUCUCUAAUACGCUCUAUACGCGACAGAGAUACUCGCAGCUCACAGGACAAGAUCUCGAUUCUUGAAAGCGCCAAGGAGAUUGUACGGCAAUUGGAGAGCCCAGACGAGCGAGCAAUGGAACUUCUCAUGUCAUUCUCCAUCGUACCGGCCUUGAAGAUCGCUAUGGAUAUGGGUGUCUUCAAGAUGCUAGCCAUCCGCAGCCGAGUAACAGCAUCCGAGAUUGCACAUCAAGCCAAAGCAGAGGAGGAGUUUGUUGUCCGGAUAAUGCGCGUACUUGUAUCUAUCGGUGUACUUGCCAUUCUCUCUGUCCGUACAUAUGGAUCGACUCGGCUCUCCGAUUCCUUCACUGUACCAGCAAAUGCUGCUGGGGUAUGUGUUGUUAACGACCAAGCCCUUCGUGCUGUGUCACGAUUCUCCGAGUACGCCGCCGCCCACUCCUACCACAACCCGACAAACACGCUUACAGGCCCUUUCCAGUUCGCACUUAACACCUUUGAAUCCUGGUUCUCCUGGCUCUCCACACGCCCUCACGAAGAUGGAUGGUGGCGUCGAGCCAGAGCACCGAAAGGACAGACUCCGACUAAGCUUGGUACUCUUGAUCGAGAGUUCUAUACCUGGGUAGAGGUAAGUUAUACCUACUGCCUGCCCUUGAGGUAA